AGCGCUCGGGAAGGACAAAGAGGAGUGGCUGCGCGGGUGGGGGAGAAGGCAGGGCGGCGAGCGCGGCGACCGCCCCUCCCGGCCGCGCUCUCGCCUCCAGCGCGCUCUGCGAAGAGACGCUUCGCCGUGAUGCUCGGAGGGCAGGCACCUGCUGCUCUGUGAUGAUUCAGCCCCUUUCAGCCGCCGCGCUCACACCACAGGAUGCUGUUGCUACUGUCGCUGCUGCCGCUCCUGCCGCCGCCGCUGCUGCCGCCGCCGCCGCCGCCGCUGGUCCUGCUCCUGCUUUUACUUCUUCUGCAUGACAGUUGCUUUCUCCAUCUGAGCAGACCCCAGCUGCAGCUGCUCGAGGUGAGAAACAUGCCUUUCAGUUUGGGCUACUGGUUUACUUAACCGACCGCCGCCGCAUCAGCUCCUGGGUUUCUCCGCUGGCCUCGCGUCUUCCUGACCCAGCCAGGAUGGUUUGGAGAAGCAUAUAAAAGAACUGCAAAAGUGGCCCAGAAACAGCAGUCAAGAAUUACAAUAUACUUUUAUUUGGUUGUUGCUAGAGGCUUUUUUUUUUUUUUUUUUUUGGCCUCCCAUGCCUUCCUCCUGAACUCCUCUUGCUUUUGAUAAUGGCCUUGGACUUGGACAACUUAUCGAUUUCUCCCUGUAAGAUGCUGUAUCAUUUGGGUGGGGGGGGCUCUGCAUGGUAAUGGACAGUGUGAGAGGCCAGGCCUCCUGGAGGUGAGCCGAUGGAGAUUUAUUCCCCAGACAUGUCCGAGGGAGCUGCUGAGAGGUCCUCGAGCCCUUCCACUCAGCUGAGUGCAGACCCAUCUCUGGACGGACUUCCGGCAGCCGAAGACAUGCCGGAGACCCAGACUGAAGAUGGGAGGUCCCCGGGGCUCGUGGGCCUGACUCUUCCCUGCUGCGUCUGCCUGGAAACCGAGCGCCUGAGAGGUUGCCUCAACUCAGAGAAAAUCUGCAUCGUCCCCAUCCUGGCUUGCCUGGUCAGCCUCUGCCUCUGCAUCGCGGGCCUCAAGUGGGUGUUUGUGGACAAGAUUUUUGAGUAUGACUCUCCCACUCACCUUGACCCUGGGGGAUUAGGCCAGGAUCCUAUUAUUUCUCUGGAUCCAACUGCAGCUUCAGCUGCUGUGUGGGUAUCAGCCAAGGCGUACACUUCACCUGUCUCCAGGGCUCAGUCUGAAACUGAGGUUCGAGUUACAGUGCAAGUUGACAAUGCCCUUGGGUCCUCCGAGCCUUCGGCAGUCCCCACCCCCAAGAACCGUAUCUUCGCUUUUUCUUUCCGGCCGUCCACUGCUCCAUCCCUCCCUUCACACACUCGGAGCCCUGAGGUGAGAACACCCAAGGCAGCCACUCAGCCACCGUCAACAGAAACUAAUCUCCAAACUGCUCCUAAACUUUCCACAUCUACAUCUACAGCUGGGACAAGCCAUCUUGUCAAGUGUGCAGAGAAGGAGAAAACUUUCUGUGUGAAUGGAGGCGAGUGCUUCAUGGUGAAAGACCUUUCAAAUCCCUCAAGAUACUUGUGCAAGUGCCCAAAUGAGUUUACUGGUGAUCGCUGCCAAAACUACGUAAUGGCCAGCUUCUACAAGCAUCUUGGGAUUGAAUUUAUGGAAGCGGAGGAGCUCUACCAGAAGAGAGUGCUCACCAUCACUGGCAUCUGCAUCGCACUGCUCGUGGUUGGCAUCAUGUGUGUGGUGGCCUACUGCAAAACCAAGAAACAACGGAAAAAGCUUCAUGACCGGCUUCGGCAGAGCCUUCGGUCUGAAAGAAACACCAUGAUGAACGUAGCCAACGGGCCCCACCACCCCAAUCCGCCCCCCGAGAACGUGCAGCUGGUGAAUCAAUACGUAUCUAAAAAUGUCAUCUCUAGCGAGCAUAUUGUUGAGAGAGAGGCGGAGACAUCUUUUUCCACCAGUCACUACACUUCGACAGCUCAUCAUUCCACUACUGUCACUCAGACUCCCAGUCACAGCUGGAGCAAUGGACACACGGAAAGCAUCAUUUCGGAAAGCCACUCUGUCAUCGUGAUGUCAUCCGUAGAGAACAGUAGGCACAGCAGCCCCACUGGGGGCCCGAGAGGACGUCUCAAUGGCUUGGGAGGCCCUCGUGAAUGUAACAGCUUCCUCAGGCAUGCCAGAGAAACCCCUGACUCCUACCGAGACUCUCCUCAUAGUGAAAGGUAUGUAUCAGCAAUGACCACCCCGGCUCGUAUGUCACCUGUAGAUUUCCACACGCCAAGCUCCCCCAAGUCACCCCCUUCGGAAAUGUCCCCGCCCGUGUCCAGCACAACGGUCUCCAUGCCAUCCAUGGCGAUCAGUCCCUUCGUGGAAGAGGAGAGACCCCUGCUUCUUGUGACGCCACCACGGCUGCGGGAGAAGUAUGACCACCACGCCCAGCAAUUCAACUCGUUUCACUGCAACCCCGCGCAUGAGAGCAACAGCCUGCCCCCUAGCCCCUUGAGGAUAGUGGAGGAUGAGGAGUAUGAAACGACCCAGGAGUACGAACCAGCUCAAGAGCCGGUUAAGAAACUCACCAACAGCAGCCGGCGGGCCAAAAGAACCAAGCCCAAUGGUCACAUUGCCCACAGGUUGGAAAUGGCCAACACAGGCACUGACAGCAGUAACUCAGAGAGCGAAACAGAGGAUGAGAGAGUAGGAGAAGAUACGCCUUUCCUGGCCAUACAGAACCCCCUGGCGGCCAGUCUCGAGGCGGCCCCUGCCUUCCGCCUGGUCGACAGCAGGACUAACCCAACAGGUCGCUUCUCUCCGCAGGAAGAAUUGCAGGCCAGGCUCUCCGGUGUAAUCGCUAACCAAGACCCUAUCGCUGUCUAAAACCGAAAUACACCCAUAGAUUCACCUGUAAAACUUUAUUUUAUAUAAUAAAGUAUUCCACCUUAAAUUAAACAAUUUAUUUUAUUUUAGCAGUUCUGCAAAUAGAAAACAGGAAAAAAAAAACUUUUAUAAAUUAAAUAUAUGUAUGUACAAAUGUGUUAUGUGCCAUAUGUAGCAAUUUUUUUACAGUAUUUCCAAACGAGAAAGAUAUCAAUGGUGCCUUUAUGUUAUGUUAUGUCCAGAGCAAGUUUUGUACCAUCCCGUGACUGCUUUUUCACAGUAUUUCAGUGACCCUCCACCCCAUAUAUUCUGUUUUUUGCUGGCUUCUCGUGUAUUGCAUUAUCAUGUUGACCGGAUGUAUGAUUUACAAGAUUUGCACCUGUCGCUCUGUUUGCUUCGAGUAGUACUCAAUCAGGAUGUCUUGUAAUGGCGCAUCCAUCCAGUACUCCCCCUCUGUAUGAGAUUUUUGUUUUGCUUUCCGUAUGUGAAAUGAGUUGUGUCUAUUCUGCCAGCCAAAGGUUGCUUCACUGGGCUCUGAGAUAAUAGUAGGUCCAGCAGCAUGCUACUAUUAAUUACAGCAGGAAACUGCAUUAAGUCAUGUUACAUAUUAGGAAGAAAGUAAUAUUGUGAUUUUUUCAAAAACUAUAUUAUUCAUCAGAAGACAGCUCGCUUUGACUUAAAAGGAGCUACCAUUUACUUUAUGCGGAUUGAAUUUUCUCAACAAAAGGAAAAAACAAGUGUUGGGGCUAGCAUGCAAAGUGGAUGCUGGCUAGCGACCAGGGUAAGGUCCAACCCUAAGUUGAGGACUCGGUUUCAGUUUCUCUCUCUGGGGGAAUGAUACAGCGGCUCAUCUAAUUGAAGAGCAAACCAUGGCUGAAAAAGGUGCAAUCCUUCUUGACUUGUGUUUUUUCACUGAUUUGGGAGCUAGUGAUUGGUUGUGUCUUCUCGGCUCAAGGACAGACGUGUUAUGGCACAAAAACCCCCAGUUUCAACAGCACACUCAGCAAUUUGUCUGGAAUACUUCUGGAAUGCAGUGUGCCUGUUGUAUAUGGUGGUGACAUCAUUAUAGAGAACUGGUUCCGCCGUAGAUUGUCUAGAGGAGUGAACGUGUGGAAGACACAGGGGAAGAGUGGCUGUCUGACCCGGUGUGUAAUUUUUUAAGUUUUUUUUGCCCGUUCCUUUGUCCUCAUUAUUCCUUUCUUGUUUUUCAGUCUCACCUUGAUUAGAUCGUACUAUGCAUGAACACUUUUGUCAGGAAUGGCCCAUGUGCAUGUAAUUUGUGAUUAGGAAGAACCUCCCACGAGCGAGGAUGCAUCAAGAAAUGGCGGUAGUCUCGGAAAGAUUGCACCUUUCCUUGCAGAAAUGACCCCCACAUGUGCUAACCUCUCCGUUUGCAGCUGUAUCAUCAUCCAUUUUCCCCCUUUCUUACUUUUUGCUUUACUGUCAACAAAAAUAGGAUUAAGAUGGGUUUACCUUUUGCACGUUCUCUUGUGGUAAGCAAUCCAAGGAAGGUCUAUAGGUAGAAAUACUUGAAAUAACUGCUAAUCAAGGAAAAGAAGAGAACUUUAUAAAAUAUUGUAGUCCCAUCUCUGUCAAGUUGGGCUGGAGGUUUACUUAGGUUCCAAGUGGCCUCCUAGGAGCCCUGGGACAAAAUGGGGAAAUAGGUUAGCAGGGGUCUCAAAAUACCAGCCAUGAAUUUAAGGAGAGUGACUCUGUUGAUUGCAAGUAAAUGGAGUCUAUUUCUUCACCACAUCUCUAUGUUAAAAUCAAAAGGAAGAAGGGACAUGCAAAGAGAUCUUAGAAGAAAAGUGCAGGCUGAGCAUGACUCAUGUCAUUAAGCUCCUAAGUGUUUCUACAGUUCACAGAGAUCGUCUAUGGGCCCUUGGCAUUUGGUAUCCCAAGCGUCCUUCAUGUUUCCUUGCCACUUCCUCUGUGCUCAGAAGUGUCCUCGUGUGCUUGUUCACCUUUCCUAAGGAGCCCUUGACAACUCCCCAAGUUGCACUGAUUUCCCAAUUCGGUAAAAUCAGUAAGCUCACAGCAGGGGAAAGAAAAGAGUCAACCCCAAAGAAGUUCUCCAAAUUGUUCUCAAUUGCCUUUGAAGACCUGGACUCCUCCUUCUUAGACUAUUUCAAUUUAAAAAAAAAAUCCUACCAUGAUUAAAACUCUAGAAUUUCAGUUUCAAAUUCUUCAGGCAUGGGAGUCUUGUUCUGGAGAAUUUCUGGAAUACAUAAAAUCUUUGAUCGAGAGCAAGAAACAACAUGUUCCUCAGUAUGAAAAAUCUCUGUCAAUUUUCAGCUUAAGGACAAGAGGAAGUUUUCUUUCCAACUUUGUUCUGGUCACUCAUCAAGGUGACAUAUAUCAGUUAGGACAGGCUUUCUGUCCACAGAAUGACAGAUUUCCUUCAUAGGAAAGGCCAGCAGACUACUCGGGGCUCCCUGCUGUGGCCACCAGAUUUGUGUCCACAGGGGCAUCUCUGGGAUGUUCAAAUGCCACCAUCCCUGUUUAUAAACUCGGGAGUGCAGUGGCAAUACAAAGAAAGCAUGUGAACCAACAUUCCCAGCAGAAGGGAAGCCUCUCUGGGUCUUCAGGUGGUGGAAAUUGCUGAGAUGUUUGACAGUGACUUUGUUUCCUGGGUCUGAGAUCAUGUCCCAUUGAGGAAGAUGCAGGGGAGCGUAGAAUAUGAAAAAUGCCUUUUUCUCACUCUGGGUUCCUUUUACAUCCUGCUCUCCCUCCUUGCCUGGUAGGACUUUAAUUUCUGAGAGUGUCUGGACAGUCUCCUGCCUUCUACAAAAUGGCAGUCUGCCUGGGAAUUUGUGAAUGUGUCCCAAAGACCAAUAUGCCAUAUCCUCCUUGUUUAAGUGUGACUGUCAUGAUAGAGUUUAUCCAGGGUCAUUUGCUCUAUAACUUUUUUUUUUUUUUUGGCCUGGGUUGAAAGGUAUAUGGCUCACAUUGGUAAAAAUAUAAAAUACCUAGUUUUUUUAGUCCUGGCUGCAUCCCACCAGCCACAAAGAUGUCUAUCCACAAAGGCCCAUGAAACAUUGCAGAGAAAUGCAGACAAAAGGAAAUGGCCACAUAUCACAAGUUCUAUUAUAUAUUCUUUUGUAAAUACACAUUGUACAUUACUUGGAUGUGUUCCUAAAUCAUUUACUGUCUUUAUGAGUUCAUGUCAGUUUCUUUUUUUUUAAACUCUCUUAACUUACUGUGUAACAUUGUAAAUAACAUAAUGUCCUUUAUUAUUUAUAUUUAAACAUCUAACAUAGAGUUGUUUUCAUAUAAGUUUAAGAUAAAUGUCAAAAAUAUAUGUUUUUUGGUUUUUCUUUGCUUUAAAGUUAUGUAUCUUUUCCUUUUGCUUUUUUUUUUAAGAAUAAUUUAUUGUUCAGGAGAAAGAAUGUAUAUGUAACUGAAACUAUUUGAAGAAUGCACAUUUGAAGGCCGUGAGGUACCGAUAAACUAAAGAAUUUAUUAUCCAAAA